UAGGGGCCCCUUUGGAACCCUGUCCACUGUUACCGGAGGGGAGGCCUGGGUGGGCCGUUGGCGACAUCCGCCCCCUUCCCUUCCCGUCGCGGGCCUCCUCAGGUACCGCCGCAGACUGUCGUCCCCUCCGUGGACGUCUCCUCGGCCUCCCCGUCCACCUCACGUCGGGCCCGCUGCCCACCGCCUCCCGACAGCGGUGGCCCCCUCGGCGGCCACCAUCUUUGCGGUUGGCUUUGCCUCAGCCCCGUCAUCGCCCCACUGAGGUACUUCUUGUUGCCAUGUCCUCCUCCGGGGAUCCCGGCCAGGCCUCUGGCCAGGAUAGCCCCGUGAGCGCUGUGGGGGCAUGGUCCCUGGAGGCCCGAGGUGGCAACGGGGUGACCCCCGGGGUCGGGUUUCCCCAGAUUGAGGUGGCUGGAGUGGCGGGACCCGAGGUGGCCCUCGAGUCCGGGCCCCCCGGGAUGGAGGUGGCCCUCGAGUCCGGGUUGCCCGAGAUGGAGGUGGCCCUCGAGUGCGGGCCCCCCAGGAUGGAGGUAGCCCUCGAGUCCGGGCCCCCCGGGAUGGAGGUGGCCCUCGAGUCCGGGCCCCCCGGGAUGGAGGUGGCCCUUGAGUCCGGGUUGCCCGAGAUGGAGGUGGCCCUCGAGUCAGGGUCCCCCGGAAUGGAGGUGGCCCUCGAGUCAGGGUUGCCCGAGAUGGAAGUGGCCCUCGAGUCCGGGCCCCCUGGGAUGGAGGUGGCCCUCGAGUCCGGGCCCCCCGGGAUGGAGGUGGCCCUCGAGUCAGGGUUCCCCGGAAUGGAGGUGGCCCUCGAGUCCGGGCCCCCUGAGAUGGAGGUGGCCCUCCACUCUGGACUGCCCCCGAUGGAGGUGUCCGAAGUGGAGGGGCCUGUGGGAGGCCCCGGGGAGGCUGCCUUGGGUCUGGGUCUGGCCCGUGGCCCGGCGGGCAUGAGCGUGGAGGCCGAGGAGGACGACUCGGAUUUCGGGCCUGCGGAGGAGGACGGGGAGGAGCAGCAGGAGGAGGGUCUGGACAUCCUUGUGGACGCCCACCAGUUCCCAAUGGUUGGCUUCCGCUUCAUGUUCCUGGACCUGGUGCACUCGCUCCUGCACCGGAUCUACCACAACAACCACAUCCUUGUGCGGCCCCGCCGCGGCCGCGUGAUGGUCCGGCCUCGGGCCCGGCCGCCCGACAGCCCCCGUUGGCACCCCGCAGCCCCCGCAGGCCCACCAGCAUGGGCAGCUCCGGCCGCAGCCCACGAGUCCGAGGCCUCGUCCGAAGAGGAGGCCGCCUGGGAGACCGCGGAGGAGCCGGACGAGGAGUCUGAGGAGGGCCCGGAGACCGCCAAGGGAACAACUAAAUUUCAGUAUGAGAAGCCUGCCAAAGGGGCCAACGACUCUGAAAGGGAGGAAGAAAAAGACAAAUUUAACAAAAAGCAAGAAGGAGCCGACUAAAGAAGAUCUGCCCCAGCAGAGAACAGCCCCAGAAGAUCAGUUGGCGUAAAAGAAAGAAGAUGAAGAAAAAAGAAAGAACCUGUUGUUUGUUAUUUUUAGGUUUUUCAUUUUUUAGAAGCCCAUGGGAAUUUUAUUAACACCGAUGUCAUUCCAAACUGCAUCAUCCAAAAACUGAUAUCCAAUGAAAUGUGACUCUUCGCUUAUGUUUGACAGACAUAUCUGAUAGCAUUUGUUCAAGUUAAAAAUAAGUUUGUUUUAAAUGAAUGCAAUGGAGUGUAGGCAGAUUUUGCUUAGAUAAAUUAUCUUGACUCAGAUCUCUCUUUUUCCUCUUUGUUUUAGCCCACUGUACCUUCACUGAAAGGUAUCACUCUCCACCAUUUGGUGAGCCUGUUUUAAAUUAAUUUCUUACAGCCCCAAAUAUAAGAAAAUGUCAAGUUUAAAACAAUUGUUGUAAGGAGAGAGAUGUAGGUCAAGUCUUUAGAGCUACACUGUCCACGACAUUAGUAACUAGCCAUAUGUGGUGACCGAAAUAUGACUAGUCUAACUUGAUAUGUGCUGUUAAGUAUAAACAUGUUAAAUUAACUCACUGAUAAUUUCAUAUGGAUUACAUGUUGAAACGAUAAUAUAUUGAGUUAAAAUGUACUAUUAAAAUUAAUU